CCUCCCAAUCAUGUGAUUCAGGUGUUCCAAUCCCCUCCCAAUCAUGUGAUUCAGGUGUUCCUAUCCCCUCCACAUCAUGUGAUUCAGGUGUUCCUAUCCCCUCCACAUCAUGUGAUUCAGGUGUUCCAAUCCCCUCCCAAUCAUGUGAUUCAGGUGUUCCAAUCCCCUCCAUAUCAUGUGACUCAGGUGUUCCAAUCCCCUCCAUAUCAUGUGACUCAGGUGUUCCAAUCCCCUCCAUAUCAUGUGAUUCAGGUGUUCCAAUCCCCUCCCAAUCACGUGAUUCAGGUGUUCCAAUCCCCUCCAUAUCAUGUGAUUCAGGUGUUCCAAUCCCCUCCAUAUCAUGUGAUUCAGGUGUUCCAAUUCCCUCCAUAUCAUGUGAUUCAGGUGUUCCAAUCCCCUCCCAAUCAUAGUCAAUAGCUAAAGACCUCCAAACUUGGUGUGGCCUUCAGAUGAGCCCAACAACAGUGCGUAGAGAGCUUCAUGGAAUGGGUUUCCAUGGC